GGCUUUAGAAAAUCCAUUAUGAUUGGCCAUAAAAGGGGAUUUCCAAAAUAUGGCUAUGCAAAGAACACAUGCUCUCUCAUUCAAAAUAUUAGCAGAAUGUUCUACGACAAAAGCAAGGGCAAGUCUGAUGAAACUUCCACACGCCACUGUGGACACGCCAGUAUUUAUGCCGGUUGGCACACAGGGUACGCUGAAAGGGCUUGUACCAGAUCAGCUCAGAGAGUUGGACUGCCGAAUCAUAUUGGGGAACACUUACCACUUGGGUCACAGACCGGGUCCAGAACUGUUGGAGAAAGCUGGUGGACUGCAUGAGUUUAUGCAAUGGGACAGGGCUCUUUUAACAGAUAGUGGAGGAUUUCAGAUGGUUUCUCUCCUAAAACUAGCAGAGAUCACAGAGGAAGGGGUGAAAUUCCAGUCUCCUCAUGACAGCUCCGAGAUGAUGCUGACUCCAGAACAUUCCAUUCACAUACAGAAUAAAAUAGGUGCUGACAUUAUAAUGCAGUUGGAUGAUGUUGUUCAUAGCUGUGUGACGGGGCCGAGAGUAGAGGAAGCCAUGCAUAGGACAAUCCGCUGGCUGGACAGAUGCAUGAAGGCCCAUGGAAGACCACAUGACCAAAAUUUAUUUCCAAUUGUACAAGGGGGCCUUUAUCCAGAACUUAGAAAAAAGUGUGCUGAAGAAUUGACCAAAAGGGAUGUGCCAGGAUUUGCUAUUGGUGGAUUAAGUGGAGGAGAGUCCAAAGAUGAAUUCUGGAAAAUUGUGAAUAUAUCUACAGAUUACUUACCAAAAGAAAAACCACGUUAUUUAAUGGGAGUAGGGUUUGCUGUAGACCUGGUAGUGUGUGUAGCGUUGGGCUGUGAUAUGUUCGACUGUGUUUUUCCAACCAGAACAGCCAGGUUUGGAAAUGCGCUGACACCCACUGGGACCCUGAUUCUACACAGACCUGAAUUUGCUGAGGAUUUCCAACCCAUAGAGAAGGGUUGUCCUUGCUCGACUUGUAAGAACUACACUCGGGCCUAUCUUCAUGGAAUAGUGGAGAACGAGCCGGUGUCUUGUUCACUUCUCACCAUACACAAUGUUGCUUAUCAGUUGCGGUUGAUGAGGGCCAUGCACCAGAGUAUAGUGGAGGAUGCCUUUCCAGAGUUCAUUCAGGACUUUUUUGACAAACUUUAUCCCAGUGCUGAUUACCCACAGUGGGCAAUAGAUGCAUUAGCUUCUGUCAAUGUCCACCUGAAAAAGUCUUGA